CUGAAACGUUAUCGUACACACCACCAAUUUGCAUUCCCAGUCCUCCUUUUUCUUCCCUUUUUCCAUCUCCGGCAGCUCACAGCUCACUUCAACUUUUUCCACUGAGCUCCACUCCAAUGUGUAAAACCCUAGCUAAAAAUCUUUAAAGUUAGGGUUUCAAAUUUGCAAUGGGGAACUGCUGCAGAUCUCCGGCAGCUGUCGCAAGAGAAGACGUGAAGUCUUCAAACUUCUCCGGCAACGAUCACGGCCGGAAAGACAAGUCCAGCGCCGGAAAAUCGCAAAAACCGGUAACCGUGUUAACCGAUGUGAAAAAUUCGAACGUUGAAGAGAAGUAUUUAGUUGAUAGAGAACUAGGCAGGGGCGAAUUCGGAAUUACAUACCUUUGUAUAGAUCGUAACAGUAAAGAGCUUUUAGCUUGCAAGUCAAUUUCAAAACGGAAGCUACGAACAGCUGUAGAUGUGGAAGACGUGAGGAGAGAAGUAGCCAUAAUGAAGCAUUUGCCGGUGAAUUCAAGUAUUGUGAGCUUUAGAGAAGCUUGUGAGGAUGAAAAUGCGGUGCAUUUGGUUAUGGAAUUGUGCGAAGGUGGGGAAUUGUUCGAUAGGAUUGUGGCGCGAGGACAUUAUACUGAACGAGCUGCUGCUGCUGUUACACGGACGAUUGUGGAGGUUGUGAUGCUUUGUCAUAAGCAUGGUGUGAUUCAUCGAGAUUUGAAACCUGAGAACUUUUUGUAUGCUAAUAAGAAGGAAAAUUCGCCUCUUAAAGCUAUUGAUUUUGGCUUGUCAAUUUUCUUCAAGCCAGGUGAGAGGUUCUCUGAAAUAGUCGGAAGUCCCUAUUAUAUGGCUCCUGAGGUGCUCAAACGAAACUAUGGACCAGAAAUAGAUAUAUGGAGUGCAGGAGUCAUUUUAUAUAUUUUGUUAUGUGGGGUUCCUCCUUUUUGGGCCGAAUCUGAACAAGGUGUUGCUCAGGCCAUCUUACGUGGGGUGAUAGAUUUCAAACGGGAACCCUGGCCAAGUAUUUCAGAGAGUGCUAAAAAUCUUGUACGGCAAAUGCUGGAACCAGAUCCAAAGCUUCGACUGACUGCAAAACAAGUACUUGAACACUCUUGGCUUCAAAAUGCUAAGAAGGCUCCAAAUGUUCCCCUUGGAGAUGUUGUGAAGUCAAGACUUAAGCAAUUUUCUUUGAUGAAUAGGUUUAAGAGGAAAGCUCUGAGGGUGAAUGCUGAUUUCUUGUCUAAUGAAGAAGUUGAAGACCUCAGAGAAAUGUUUAGCAAGAUAGACACCGAUAAUGAUGGAAUUGUUUCAGUCCAAGAACUAAAAGCUGGACUUCCAAAGCUCAACUCACAGCUGGCAGAAUCUGAAGUACAAAUGCUUGUUGAAGCCAUUGAUACCAAUGGCAAAGGGACCCUGGACUAUGGAGAAUUUAUUGCUGUUUCACUCCAUCUUCAAAGGAUGGCUAACGAUGAACAUCUGCACAAGGCUUUCUCCUACUUUGAUAAGGAUGGAAACGGUUACAUUGAACCAGAUGAGCUUCGAGAUGCCUUGAUGGAGGAUGGAGCAGAAAACUGCGCCAAUGUGGCGAAUGACAUUUUCCAGGAGGUUGAUACAGACAAGGAUGGGCGCAUCAGCUUUGAAGAAUUUGCGGCCAUGAUGAAAACUGGGACAGAUUGGAGAAAGGCUUCACGACAUUAUUCAAGAGGGAGAUUUAAUAGUCUAAGUGUGAAGCUAAUGAAGGAUGGAUCGCUUAACUUGGGAAAUGAGUAAGGUUUACAUUUUUUCAUCAAAAUGAAGUAUUGUAUCGAUGUGUAUUUGAUCUCGAUGUGUAUUUGAUCUCUCGCCAUUGUUUUCUGGGGUGCCCAUUAGAUUGUUUGCUUGCCAGGAUGGAAAAGGGGCGACUUCAUCUGGGUAACCGUUGUAACCAUUUGAAACACAGAAUGUAUCCUAUCCUCUUCCUCUUGACAAUUGUUCCCCACAAAAAAAGAAAAAGAAUUAUUCUGCAGCAUAAUUUUUGUACAAAAACAUAUUUUUCUUGUUCCACCGUUGUCUGUGCCUAUAUUAGCAUCGACAUAGAGCAUACAUGGAAGUGUUCUUAGUUCAAAA